AUGUAAAAUUUAAGAUUUGAUCCAAGGUCUUGGCACAAUGCGAUCAAAGAAACAGUUCACCGAGCCAACCCCAGUGGUCCAAAAUUCCAACCGAACUGCAAAUGCCCAAAAGUUCCCCCAUAUUGGAUGACCAAACCCGCCAAAAACGAAACCCAAAAUUAUUGCAGAAAAAAACCCACUACAGUUGGAUCAGAGAAAAGCAGAUUUUCUGUCAUUCAACAGUGAAAAAAAUUAGAAACAAACACAUGGGUGUAGUUAUAACCUCGCUUCACUGAGACUGAACCUGUGUGAACACUGAGCUAAAAGUCCUUUGUGAAGCGAGGGACAGACAGACAAUGAAGAAAGCUUCUGGUUCCCAUGAUCUGGGUACAUUUUCAAGCCCAGGAGCACCAAUUUACCGUGGAAACAGCAUUGGAUGCCAAAAGGGUUGGACCUCAGAACGCGUGCCAACAACAACCAGUGGAGGAGGUAAUAAGCAUAUCGGUUCAGGUGCGUUGAUGUCGUUUAACAGUGGAAGGACUUUGCCUUCUAAAUGGGAAGACGCGGAGAGGUGGAUUUGCAGCCCAAUUUCUGGUUAUGGUAUCAGCAAGAAUUCCAAUUCUCUGCCUCAGAGAAGACCCAAGUCCAAAAGUGGUCCGAUUGUGCCUCCUGGACCUUCGUAUUACUCGAAUCACUCCCCUGCCAUUACGGCGCUUGAAGGUGGUAUUUUGAGGAAUUUCGUUCUGGGUUCUCCAUUUUCAACAGGAGUCUUAGCCGCUGAUGGUGUUUUUGAUGGAACAGCACAGUUUUAUCCUCCCGGAUUGCCAGAAUUAAGAAUUGGAAACUUGAGGCCAGAGAAGGAUGAGGAAGCAUUGGUCCCUCGUGCCGUCUCACAGAGAGAUAUGGCAACCCAAAUGAGCCCCAGGGAGAGCAGAGGAAGGUCAUCAUUCUCUCCCUCUCCUCCGGCACUUGUUUCUCUAGCGGAGCAGCAAAGUGACCAAUCUGAUAAAUCAGAAGUCAAAGAUGUGCAGGUUGACAAAAGGGCCACUAUGAUUAGGUGGUCCAAAAGACGUGGAAUGGGAUUCAAUAAGAAAGGUCCACCAGAUGUUAAAGACUUCAAUGAAAAUCCUGACCAAGUUCGUACUUCUUCUUUUGAUAUUGCAGAGGCAGCUAUGGACAUUUCAAAAUUGCAAAGAGAGGAAGCCAAGAUCACUGCGUGGGAAAACUUACAGAAGGCAAAAGCUGAAGCAUCAAUACGGAAACUCGAGAUGAAACUGGAAAGGAAGAGAUCAGAGUCGAUGGAUAAGAUCAUAAACAAGCUGGGAAUGGCACAGAGUAAAGCACGCAAAAUGAGAAGCAAAUUGUGUGACGAGGAGGAUCAACAGGUAGCCAACACUUCCCGAAAGCACUUUUCCAUCUCUAAGCACUUGCGGGUCGGAUCUCUGAGCCGUUUCUUUAUCUGCCAUGCUUUCUGACAUGCUUUUUCAAACUCGUCCCCUGCUAAUCUAUUCAAUACACUUGCUAACACAUGGAGUUUUUAGUUUUCCAAUUUUAUUGGAAGCUUUUUUCAUUGUAACUAAUGAGAUCAUUAGCUGAGUUUGUCUUUUUUUAACUUUGUAAGAGGAUUGGAAUUUGGAAGCUCUUUAACUUUUUGCUGUAUAAUGAUUGACAGUAGCUACUUAUCCCAGUUUGAAAUUA